AUGCAUCCUGAAUUCUUCCACCUUUUCAUCUUCUCUUUGAAAAGGGUCUGCGCCACCUUCUUCCUCUAUGUUCUCGUUUUGCUUGCCCUCUAUGUCACUAUAUGGUCCAAGGAGGGAAUAAGUGGGACGGAAGGAAAUGAUGAACGCAUGGUGAUUGUUCGCGAACAGUGGCUCGCCAACUUCCUGGUCAACAUGGCUGGCUACGCAUCCAUUCUGUUCCCGUUUAUGCUGCUGAUAAACCUUUCCGAACCCCUUCUGAAUUCAUGGAAAUCAGACAAAAUCCACUUCGAGCCGGAUAUUUUCUUUGUAGGCCCUGAGUACGCCAAGUACAUUGGUCUUCGUGAGAGAUUUUCUGCCAGGGAGCGCCUACAGUCUUUUCGCAAACUUCAGCGGCAACUUCGAAAAUUCGAAGUUGACCUUUGCUACAGACUGCCUCACUAUCCCCCGCCUGCGGCCACACGUUAUACCUCAUAG